CCUUUCAACUGAAAGUCAGUCUUUAAAGGAAAUUACAGACUUCGUUCGUGUUGUGUGUAAAAGCUCCAAUGGGGUGUUGGCACUCUUCUUUGAGCUCCAAAGACCCUACCUCCGACCACCGCCAUGUUCACACCCACAAACCUCCUCGUUUCUCUAACGGCACUACCGCCGCAGCUGCCGCCGUGUCUGACGGCGGCGUACCUGCCUUCUCUGAGUUUUCAUUAGCUGAGCUGAAAACAGCUACUAAUAACUUCAGCUCCGAAUUUAUAGUUUCUGAAAGCGGCGAAAAGGCGCCGAAUGUGGUUUAUAAAGGUCGUCUACAGAAUCGCCGGUGGAUCGCUGUUAAGAAAUUUACUAAAUUAGCCUGGCCUGAUCCUAAACAAUUCGCGGAUGAAGCUUGGGGUGUUGGGAAGUUGAGACAUAGAAGGGUCGCCAAUUUGAUAGGUUACUGCUGCGAUGGUGAUGAGAGACUGCUUGUAGCUGAAUAUAUGCCCAACGAUACACUUGCAAAACAUCUGUUUCACUGGGAAAAUCAAACGCUUGAAUGGGCCAUGCGUUUAAGAGUGGCUUUAUAUAUUGCUGAGGCAUUGAAUUAUUGUAGCAGUGAAGGUCGACCAUUAUACCAUGAUUUGAACGCAUAUAGGGUUCUCUUCGAUGAGAAUGGCGAUCCCUGUCUUUCUUGUUUUGGGCUGAUGAAAAAUAGCAGGGAUGGUAAAAGUUACAGUACAAACCUUGCUUAUACACCUCCUGAGUACUUAAGAAAUGGGAGAGUUACUCCAGAAAGUGUUGUUUUCAGUUUUGGGACAGUCCUCUUGGACCUCCUAAGUGGAAAGCAUAUCCCUCCUGGUCAU